UGCACUGAUUCGUAGUUUUUAGUUUCUAUCAAAUAUUGAUCUGGUUUGUGCGAAAAUGACCACUUUAAUAACAGCUGUUGCGGCUUUGUCCGCUGUCCUCGUGGUUGGAGCUUCGUGUCCAAACGGAAGCACCCCACAUGGUGUCGAUAACGUUGCACUUGAAUUUAAAGGGAUGAAUACAACGAUGAACUCCCUAUUGGAAAAUUCUUUAGCUGAGGUGAUUUCAAAUUUGCGUAAUCAGUCCUUGGGAUGUUGGCCAUUCGGAUGUAAACGUACCUACACUUUUGGAAGCAGAGUUCCAGGCGAUUAUAUGGUAGGACACGGUGAAGCCCGCAGAGCAGCUAUCAUUCCGCAGGACAUUACCGUGAUCGUAUUGUACCCGGAAUCAGGGGAAUGUGGGAAAACAAUUUCGUACGUUGAAAUUCAGGCUACACAGCUUUUCAGGUUUGGAGGUGCUGACAUAUUGGAUGGAGGCAUUGGUCAACGUCAUAUUAAAAUUAGAGUUGUGGCGAAACUAACAAUCUUUAUAGACGUUGUGGCAUCCAUUUAUGGUUAUUGAUUAUUGUCACUAGACAAGAUAUAAUACCUGAAAAUGAAAUAUAUUUCACUAGCUGCAACGGUCACGUGAGUUAAUGAAAUGAUAUUAGUUGUGGUAAUAA